UAUUAGGAUGUGCAUUUCAUCGCUACUUGCAGUGUUUAUGAAUCAGAUGACCUUGUUAGACCACCCUCAAUGUUUGUGUAGAAUGUGUCUAAGCUGCAACAUGGCCAUGCAUGGAAUACUAGUGGUUCUUCUGUCAGGUGUUUUGAGUACUGGAUUAGGACAAAAAGAGUGCAAAAUGACGACACUUGGAAUGGAGUAUUUUGGAGGCGUGGCAGUCACAGUGUCUGGAAGAAGAUGUCAGAGCUGGUCCAGUCAGUUCCCACAACAACAUAAAUUUAAUAAUACUUUAAAGAAUAGCAAAAAUUACUGCAGGAAUCCGGACAGAGAACCACAGGGUCCCUGGUGCUACACCUUGGAUGAGGAGAAGCGUUGGGAAUAUUGUAGAAUACCAUUAUGUUCCCUGUCGAAUGAUGAAUGCUAUGAAAAAGGGAAAGGCUAUAUGUACACCGGGAAGAUGAACGUUACGAAGACAGGCUAUCCCUGUCGGCGAUGGGAUUCUGAGGAGGCCUAUGGGUUUUUUGAAGAGUUGGGGAAUUUUUGUAGAUCCCCCGAUGGGGCUAAAUUCCCUUGGUGUUUGUCUACAGCACCUGAUACAAGGUGGGAGAGGUGUAACAUAGCAGUGUGUGGGCAAUUAGAUACUGCAAAGUCGACAACAGCUGUGAAACCGCCCUCAAAGCCAUCAACAACAACUACUAAACCGACUUCAAAGGCGGCAUUACCAGUAAAUUGCAAUGCAGCCCUCCAGGCAGGUAACCAAGAGAGGAGCAGCAGCAGCAGAGAGGCCUUGAGAGCUGACCUAGUUAUCGCAAUAUUAACGCUCGUGUGCGUAAUCAUUGUGGUAUCCAUCGGUGUAUACAUCGCCAUUGUGUUACGUAACAAACAAUACUUACCACAAACGGGAAUCGCAGGGAAGGCGCUAUAUAGUGUAGACAACGCAUACGAUAUUGGAUAUACAGAUAUGCAGCCAAUAGUACAUAGCCAAACUGUAUGGUUGGGGUUCUACAAGUUUAAGCCAUACUUGGUGCCCCCUUCACCUCUUUUAAAAGGAGGGAAGGCUCACAGUCUGGAGUACUCGGUGUCAGUGACUUCUCCCCAAGAAAACUGCGCCUUAGUAAAUCACCACCCCCAUGCUUCUAUCAUGUUAACCUGGACGUACUACAAAAUACUGAUAUUUGGAAUUGUAUUUUUAUCAUUCGCUGAAUGCAUGACGACAACGACAGGAAAACUAGAAUGCAAAUUGAGUGUCCUGGGAAAAGAGUACAGAGGAAAGCUCAAUGUUACACGAAAUGGGAGACUAUGUCAGGCUUGGUCAAUUAAAACACCACAUACCCAUCGCUUUUCCAAUGCCCUCAGGAACAGCAAAAACUAUUGUAGAAAUCCGGACUUGGAGUCGGAGGGUCCCUGGUGCUACACGACAGACAAGCGUGUCCGAUGGGAAUAUUGUGACAUACCGAAAUGUGAUCUUACAGAUGCGACAUGCUAUGAGAAGGGGUUUAGUGCUUAUUACUCCGGCAAAGUCAAUAUAACACAAUCAGGAAUACUCUGUGCUCGCUGGGAUUCUGAUGAAUUUUAUCAGGACUUUUCAGAGGAGGAGAAUUAUUGCAGAGACCUGGACGGUGCAGGUUUUCCAUGGUGUCUGUCAUCAGCUCCAGGAGUGAGGUGGGAGAGAUGCAAUAUAUAUACCUGUAAUGAGCUCGGAUGUCCAGAUGGAUGGACGAGAGCACUGCAGUUGAAUUCCUGUUACAAAGUAGAUCGGCAGUCGGUUAAUUGGACUGAAGCAGUAGAGGGUUGUCAGAAGAAAUUUUCUAACCUGACCUCAAUUCACAACCACAAAGAAGAGCUAUUCGUUGCUGCAUUAAUAGCUGGUGAUUCAAAAUCCCGCUUUUGGACAGGAAAGGUUAAAAGUAAGACAAAUGAAUCGAAGUGGUUAAAUGAUACAUCAACUACGUACUCAGAUAGUCGAUUAAAUUCUUCCAAUGGUUUCAAGUAUCCAUCCAUAACCUUCAACACAGACACCCAGGAGGUAAUUUGGUUUGCAAAUAUUGGUAAUGAGAAGUUACAGGGCUUUGUGUGUAAGAGGAAUAUGACUGGUAUUCGACGUCAUUCCCGGAGAACCUGUGACAAGUAUUUCGAAGAAAAAUGUUAUUCCACUCACAAGAUGAAAGUAGAUGUUAUGUCUGCUGAGAGAUACUGUCAAGAGAAGUAUGGAGGCCAUCUCGCAUCCAUAAAAAAUUGGUUAAACAAUAUUUUCCUAACGGAUGAUUUACCAACAGCGUACGAUGGAUUUUGGAUUGGAGCAAUUCCAUCUUUGAUGAAUAAAAAGAGGAAUGUUGCAAAAUGGACAAACGGAGAAACAUACCAAUACUCAAACUGGACUGACGCAACUAAAAGAAUACUAUUGGAUUCCACGAAUGUUCACUCAUACUUCACGUUUUUGACUCUAAAUGGAAGCUGGGGAAUUGCAACAAACAGAAGUACGAGAGGAUUUAUUUGUGAGAGUAAAUGGGACGCAGGGAAUGUAAAACAAACACAAGACUUCGGCAAUAGCCCUCUUAAUUUCCAGUAUCAUGAUGCAGUUCACUGGUGCAAAAAUGGAUGGCGACCAUUUCGAGGGAAAUGUUAUAUGGUAUUGAAGGAGGAACGUAACUGGGAAGACGGACGGAGAACAUGUCAUUCAGAAAGAAGCGCAUUGUUAUCACCCAAACACACCUCUGAAGUAUUGUUUCUCAGGAGUAUAUUUACAGAUACAUAUGCAUUGGAGGCAUGGAUAGAGAAUAUGCCGUUGAAAAUUAACGACGAAAAGUAUUCAGGGGGCAGUUAUCACGUGACACGUAACCGUAAUUUUACUCGACUAAAGGACACGGGCUGUAUGGUAGUUACUUCAAACGGAACAAUAGGAAUGAGAAAUUGUACAGAUAUGAAACUGACUAUCUGCGAAAUGAGAUCAAAUGGGUGUGGCGAAGCUCCAGAAAUUCCAAAUUCCCAACAACCCAUACGAGGCAGUUAUUAUCCAGCUGGAACUACCCUGGUAUAUAAAUGUAAUUCGGGUUUCAUAUCGAGGAAUGAUCAGCUUUUUGUACAGUGCGCCGUCAACCUGACAUGGACGGGACCAAAGAAUAGUUGUCAUGAAAAUUGCUAUAGACCAGGUGAACCCUAUUACGGAAAUUUUUCUACAACAUUUUCUGGCAAAAUAUGUAAAAGAUGGUCCUCGCGGUUCUCCCACAGGAAUAAAUAUUCUCGUUGGACGAACGCUUGGGAAAAUUAUUGCAGAGAUUAUGAUCAUGAUCAGCCCUGGUGUUACACUACAGACACAAACACUAAAUGGGAAAACUGCAAUGUCUCCAAAUGUGCUGAUUUGACAGAGUUGAUCUCGACAACAGUAAAUCCAUUGACAACAUUUUCAAAACCGGAGCAUACAUUUCAAACAACGAUGUGGAAUUCUCAUGUUACAACAAAAACACCUUUAGUACAACGAAAUCUACCAGGUACAUCGAAUUUUGGCAAUGGAUAUCAAGACGAGUUACACACUAGGAUUACAACAGAUCUAGUGAUAUCAAUUCUAACACUUAUAAGUGUGUUUGUGAUAUUAGUCUUCGCAUUGUAUAUCAUCUGCCAUUUACGUCGAAAACAGCAAUUAAAUGUGCCUGUCGAACAAACAUCACCUCCAACGAAUGGUGAUGUGAUAUAUAUGGUAGAGACUUCUAAUACACAAUACACUAGUUCUACUGAUUUGCGUCCAAUGAUCGAAAGUAGUUCGUGAAUGAAUCAUUAUAAAUACAAUUUUCAACAUGUAUAUUGUUGUUAUACAUUUCCCUGAAAAGCGUUGAUGUGACCGGUCGACAGGGGAUGCAACAAAUAACACAUGUACAUGUUGUUUAGAUAACAAGUACUAGCUGUAGACCUAGAUGCUCUAAAUUAUCUUGAAUCGAUGUUUUGAGAAAAGGAAUAACACUCGUUGUCAAGUAAUGCUUCCUGUUGCUAAAGACUAUUAGUCUGGAAGGUGUACUUUUUACUCCCACAAGGUUUUUUUCCGAACGUUUCGCAGUCAAUCAAAUUCGAGUAUUUUACAUAAAAGGUACCACGAAUAUUGGUCAUGAAGUAAGCCUAUGUUUGCAGGAAGAAUUGUGGUUACCACUCGCCAUUGUCCAUUUUCCUUUUACACUUCGAAAAAUUCCAUAGAAAAUCAAGUGAUACAUUGUACAUGUGUGAUUGUUAACAUUUUCAAUGGAGAAACAUAGCUAUGCAGACCCUCGAUAUCAAAGUAAACUAUACUUAUACAUUGAGUCAUUAUAUGUAUCUGGGCUACAUUUACAGACGUUUCCAUUUUUCAUUUAAUUCUUUAAUGACUAGACGAUAGUGGCCAGCGUACUCGAGUCCAUCGCACAAGUCUUGUCGAUUUAAGACUCGAAGUUGAGUUGCUUCUCGUAAACACUCAAUUAUCUGUUUCUGUACACCAUUGUUAUCAACCUCGAUUCUAUUGAUAUGAUGUUGUGGUAAUCCCAGAUAUCUUAUCAAACAGCGAAAAUCGUUCGAUAAAUGUUCACUUACAACGCAGAAAUCCGCCUCAGUCAGGUGUUCAUUUCCAUUGUAAAUUGUGAACUCUUUGAACCUCUCUUUCUUGAAGUUCCUAAUUUUUUCAACAACAUCCUCUCGCUCAAAUGUGGUCAACACCUUUUGUAAUUCAACAAAGUGAUUUUUGUCUGGAUACUUGAGGUACCAUUUGUGCAUUGUGAGGAAAUAAAGCUCAUUUUCCGGAAGGCCGUGUUUGGUCAAAAUCAUAUCUGUAUUAUCCAGCAGCACAGAGAACAUAAAUAGGGGUUUACCUCCGGGAAGACUCUUGGAAACCAUAUCAAAUAUUAGUUCUAUACCUGAAACAUCAAAAUAUCAUAUCAGAAUUUUUUAUCGCUAUAUAUCGGAAGUAAAAAUACCUAAGGGUGUCUCAAAUGUGUUUCUGUUACACAAACAAUAUCUACGUAGUCUUUAAUUAGGGUUGAUCGAUUUUCAUGUGAUGUCAUAGGUUUUUGCAAACAUCUUUAUCAAAUUAAACUUUGCGCAUGAUAGAAAUAUAUCUUUAAGAGGAAUUAUUUUUAACUGCAUAAAAAAGAGAUAUUCAAUUAUAUAUAAUAAAAUGUUUUCAAGGGCAAUAACUCCUAUGCUGGUAUUUUCCCCUACUGCAUGUCUAUUAUACAUGAUUUCCUCAAUAUCCACAAUUAAGUUAUACAUAUUUAUGAAUUAACAGGUUUUUUUUUAACUGAUGACAUUUAAAAUUUGUCAUUUCAACAAGUUUCAUUAUGUAUUCCAAUUAUUCUGUAUAACGAAAAUGUGUGAUUUUCUUAUGUUAACAUAUACUUUUGUUUUUGUGUAUCUGACAUCUUUAAAAAUGUAAAAUGUGGCAACAUGCAUAUUAGCUUUUGUAAUGAAUUAAUUUUAACUAUAUUGAGUAGAAAUUAAUGAAGUUUUUUCCACUGUCAACCAUUAAGGUUGAUCGAUCCUCAUGUGAUGUCAUAGGUUUUUGCCAAAAUCUUAAUAAAUUAAACUUUGCACAUGAUAGAAAUAUAUCUUUCUAAGGAAGGUUAUUCACUGGAUAUAAUAAAAUAUCUGGUAAACUAAUAAUACUGAAAAAGUUUAUAUUUUCCAUAGAUAAUCAAUUAUUCAUGAUUUAAAAAAUGUUGUCAAGGGCAAUAAUUCCUAUGCUAGAAUUUCCUCUACUGGCUGUCUAUUAUACAUUGGUUUCCCUAAUAUCCACAAUUAAUCUAUACAUAUUUAUGAAUUAGCAGUGUUUUAAAACUGUUGAUAUUUAAAUUUUGUCAUUUCAACAAGUUUUUAUCUAUUUUUAUUAUUCUGUUUAACGAAAAUGUGUGAUUUUCUGAUAUUGAUGUAUACUUCUGUUUUUGUAUGUCUGACAUCUUUAAAAAGGUGGUGACAUAUACAUUGUUUUUGGUUAUUAAUUGAAUUAAACUAUACUGAGUGGAAAUUAAUAAAGUUUUUCUACUUUUAACCAUUAAUAUUGAUAAGUCACAUGAGGAUGGAUCUACGUUAAUAUUGAUAAGUCACAUGAGGAUUGAUCAACUUUAACAGGUUUUCCGAAUUCCCAUGGGCACCAAUUGUGUUUAUUGACUGGCCUGUUUUUGCAUUCUUAUGAAACAAAUUAUUCAAAAGCUUCUGCUUGAGGAGAAAAAUAUAUUUCUGUAGUCUUCAACUUGAUGUUUAUAUAUAUCGACGACGAUCUAUUAACAAUGCUCAUUUUUAUCCAAAUGUCGAUUCCAUAUAUCCCAGUUAAUCAAAAUAAAAGAUACCCAAGAGUUUUCUAGAUCUGCUUCAUAUUUGAAUAUUUCAUUUACUGUAGAUUUUGACGCCAAACUAACAACUCAGUUGUAUGACAAACAGAUGGUUUUUUCAAUGACAACAUCCCAUAUCAAUAUAACAUUAUUCCCAGUCUAUGUCUCUCAACUGAUUUGAGAACAUGUUCUCCUUAUGAUCAAUUUUUAAACCAAGGUAGGCUAUUGACAAAUAAGUUGAUGUUACAGAAGUUUCUUGUUUACGUUCAGCAUUUGGAAAAUUCUAGAUCGUCAUAAUGAUUGAAAUAAAUUUGCAGAUACAGCCAGCCAUUAGGUCAAAUUCUGUCUGAUGUUUUUAUUACUGUUCUUUAAAUACUGAUUUUGAUUGCAACAAGCAUCUCCUAUUUACCGAUCUCACCUGCCGUAAGCCCAAUAUCUUUUUACGAAACAGAGUAAUCCGUACUCAAAAUAACUAUGUAAAUAACGGUCUAACUAUUGGUACAUGUAUGAAGCAAGUGAGACAGUAUUUGAACUAAUGACGGGCUGUAUUUGCAAAUAUUAUAACGACUAUGGGAUUUGUAAAAUACUGACUUCAAACGAGAUUGUUAAAACCAUUGUAACAUCAACUUUGUCAAUAGCUUGAUUCGGUUUCAAAAUGAAACAUGCGCAGAACAUGGCCUCAUGUAUCAAAUCAGUUGAGAGACAUAAACACCAUAUACACCUGAUCCCACCUCUGUGUACCCAGGAGUUCACGUUUGCACAAUUUAUUUUGUAUUCCUUGUAGGAUUUAUGAGAUUGAUCACUGUUCGUAAUCUUUUUCUUUCAUGCAGAAAAAUUGUUGCAUGAAUAUGGGAAACUGACGAUGGAGAAGCAGGAGUCAUCCCAUUUGUUAAAGUUGUUUGUUAGCCAUUAAUGUACAACAAUAUUUUCAGUCAAACAUUCAAAUGUGGAAGAGUGGGGAUUUUUAUUUGCAGUUUAUUGGAAUAUAUCAAAUCGACACAUGAACUAAAGUGAAUAUUGUUUGUAGAUAAAAAUUGGUGUCGAUAUAUCUAAAUGUCAAGUUAAAGUCCACAGCAAGACAUUUCUUGUGAAUAAAGCAUGCCUUAUAACAAUACAAAAACUCGUCAGUUAAUAACGGAGCACAAUUUGUGUUCAUGGGAAUUCGACCAGAUUACGUGGAAAACCUGAUUUCCAAUACUAAGUAAGUACUGUUUAUGAAGAACUUUGGUAUUUUUAAUACCUACUACAUACAUGUAUCAUUUGUGCGUGGAAUCAGAACUGUGUUCAACAAAUAAAGUUCUUACAAGAUAUAAGUAUUUUUGAUUUCCAUUUUCAUUAAAGAAGCAGCUCUCUAUGAUGUCAAAAAGCCUAAUCCUUACUUUUUCGUGAGGAAUAGUGAUGAAAAGUGUUGAUAAUGUUGAUUUUGAAAAAAAAAAUUGUAAUUUCAAAUUGACUAAACAUAUUUUUUUAUAGAAAUUAUGAGUAUGCAUGUUUGAUUCCCACCACUUCCCGUGUAUGUUGUAGCAUAAAACGUCUUAAGUUCCUCUUUCACAGCAAUUAAUAAUUUCGUUAGUAAAAUUUUCGUUGGGUAGAAAAUUUUCUGGAUCUAGCGAUGAAACUGUUUUGUAAGGGGUUUAGUGAAAUUCUGUGUUAUCAUUAAAUUAAACUUGCACUGAAUUCGGAUUGUUUAACACUUUCAUAAAUCAAUGUCUUUCUUUAUUUUGAAGAUAUUUUAAUGAAAUUUCCUUAAAAGUUAGUUUUGGAUAUUUCAAUCAUCUAAUAUAUAAUGAUGCAAAGAUGCCACCGCGCGUAUGUUCACUUAUUGAAUAUUGGUAAAUAUUUUAAUUCACCUUCGCCUUUCAUUUGAAAUUACUGUGCUUUGUAACAUAUCAUAAUUUUUCAACACUUAA